CUCUCGCACCGCCGCCGCAUCCAUCUCAGCGCUCAGCACCGAUUCGCUCGCGUAUCUCUCGCCUCAUCAGUCUCUCUUCUUUCGCGAAAGUACGGCUCGGCGAUGCAGGCACCGGCAGAGGCAGAGCAGGCGCAGGCCGCAGCGCCGGCGCCCGAGGAGCACAUUGCACCUCACGCGCAUGCCUCUGCAGCGCCUGCGCAGCCCAUGCAGUCUGACGAAGCAUCGGAGCCAGCAGUCGAUGCCCCUGCCUCACCGAUAGAGUCGCCGGCAUCCGCGCCCGCCGCUGUGCUAGACGACCUCGCGCACAUCGCCGCAACCGAUGCCGUGCCGCCGCCGAACCCCACGCUCCUCUCGCUCGAGGCCAAGCUGCGCGCACAGGAGGAGGAGCUCGUGCAGCUGCGCGCCGCAGUGCUGGCGGCGCGCGGAUCGAGAGGUGUGCUGCCGCCGGGCUGGGACGAUGAGGCGCCGGCGGAGCAGGAGGCAGAGAUGGUGGGAGACGACGCAGUGGAGGGCGAGGCGGCCGUGCAGGACGUGGCUGAGACCGCAGCGCCGCCUGCUGAGGUGGCCAGCGCAGCCGACGACGCCGCCGCCCGCUCUAUGCUCAACCGCGCGCUCGUCUCGAUCGGCGAGGCGCCCAUCUCGGCCGCCGCACCUGCAGCCGCUGCCUCUUCCGACUCUUCGGACUCUGAUUCGGACUCAUCUGACUCAGAUUCAGACUCGGACUCGUCCUCGUCGUCGUCAUCCAGCGAGUCCGAAGCCGGCGGCAAGAAGAAGCGCCCACGAGCCAUGAUGAGUGACGAUGAGUCAGACGACGAGGCGGGGCGCAGUGGGCCGCGCGAUCCAUUUUCAGGCCCUACGACGGCCAACGAGGCCAUCGAGCCGCCACCAGAGCCAUUGCCGUUCGAAAAGGUAGCCGAGCACGUCGAGCUGCGGCCGCUGGGCCACAUCCUCUCGAUCGUCGACAGCGUUGUGAUUGUGGCGCAGGACGUGGCGCGCAAGCAGCCGGGCAGCGAGGCGCACCAGCAACAGCAGGCACGCCCGCGGCCGAGAGAUCAGGCGGGAAGAGAGGGAGAGGGCGAGGGAGAGUACAGCGUGCUGGAUAGCGGCAGUACGCUGGCGUUUGAGGACCGCACUGUGCUGGGCGUGGUGUACGAGACCUUUGGCUCCGUCCUUGCACCGCUCUACUCUCUGCGCUUCAAGUCCGCCGACGACGUGCAGCGCGUCGGCGUCACAAUCGGGCGUGCGGUGCUGUAUGACCCCGCGAGCAGCGUGUACGUCUUGACCCGGCAGCUCCGGCAGGAGAAGGGCAGCGACGCCAGCAACCUGCACGACGAAGAGGUCGAUGCGCACGAGCGCGACUUUAGCGACGAUGAGGCCGAAGCUGCGGCAAGAGCGGCGCGCAAGAAAGGAGGGGCCGCGGGCAAAAAGAGAGCAGGGAAGCGGAAGGGCAACGAGGGAGACGGUGGAUACCAGCAGAGAGGCAACGGCAGGACGGGCGGCUUGCCAUCAAGGCCGGACUUUGAUGCGCCGCUCAGCAACGGCAACGCCGGCGGUCCAUCAAGGGCAGAGGGCAGAGCCAUGCCGCUGCCGUACGACGAGCCGAGCGCGUGGACGCCGGCGCCCUCCACAAGUGCCGUCUCUGCACUGCCGCUUCGCGUCGCCGCGGGGCUGAGCGCGCAGAGCGAGCGAGCCGCAUCGCAGGGCUCGUCGAAUGGCGUCGCCAAGGCUGGCUUGCCGCUCUCGAGGCCCGCAGGCCUGCCGGCCAAGCCGCAAGUUUCUUGGGACUCGGCAGAGCCCGCCGGCUCCUCUUCGUCUGCAACCGCCUCUCCGGCGCUCGCACAGGCACAGCCGGCACAGCCGCCACCCAUCUUCCUCACUGGCGAAGCUCCGCCUCCUGGCGCGCACAUCAACCCGCUGUUCGCACAUCAGUGGCAGCAGCAGGCGCAGAGCACUGGCGCGUAUCAGUACGCUGCCCCGCACGCACAGCAGCAGCCGUACUAUGCACAGCCGCAGCAGCGCUGGCCUGGCGCGCAGCCUCAGCAGCAGCAGUGGAGCCAGAACUACGGCCAGUACGGCCAGCACGCAGCGAUGCCGCCGCAACAGCAGCAGCAGGCAUGGGGAUGGAACGCGGCGCAGCAACAGCAGCAGCAGCAGCCGCAGGCGCAAGGCCAGCAGCAGCAGGACUACGCCGCCUAUGACCCGCAGCAGCCCGGCACGCAAUGGAGUGCCGCAGCGUGGGGCCAGCCGCAGGGCUCGCCACCGCAGCCGCGGCCACCUCAAUGAGCCGUCUGCUUCCUUCCUGUAAUACCAGCACUCCUCUCCCCGUCAUUAUCAUCACCAU